AUGAAUAUGAUACUUGCUCAUUUAAUGGUAACCUUCUUGUCUGUAGGCUUCACUGUGGCUCAAUGUCCUCCUGAUGUCAUCUCUGUUUUUAUUUUAAGUGAUAGAACCAUCCAUGUACCAUUGACAGAGCCAUUAUGCCUUCAAUGCAGUUUCUUUACUAAUCAAGGCAACUUUUUUACCUUUUCUGAUGGUGUAUGGAGGAAGGGCAGUACUGUACUGAAUGAUGGGGACUUUAAUGGAAAUGUUAAUCUAUCAAGUACUUCUGAUACUAUGCGUAUGACCCUGGAGUAUCCUGAUGAUGUUGUCAAUGUUGGUGAUACUAUAACAUGCUCAUCAUCGACUGCUGGUCAACAAAGCAUCAUCACCUUUGGAGAUUUUGUCUUUCUGGACCCAGUAGUAUCUCCUGAUGGCACUGUUAAUAUCACUGAAGGCUCUAAUUUAACAUUAACAUGUUCUGAUCCUGGUAAUACUGGUAUGCCACGUUAUGUAUGGAUUAAUGAUAGAAAGAGUGCAUGUGCUCUUGAUGAUAGUGAUGGUAUUGAGCUAACACCUAUCAUUAAUAAUCCUCCUUUAAACUUAACUUUAACAAAUAUUGACAGAGCAGCUAGUGGUAAUUACACUUGUAGAACAACACACAUUGAUUUACCAGGUAUUAAAAGAGAAACUACAGUUACUGUUUAUGUACAGCUAAUAAGAUACACAAUAGUUCAUACUACUGUUUAUCAAAGCAAUGACACUGUUUCCAUUAAUUGUUCGUAUGAUGAUGACUUUGUUGGUGUGGAAUGGGUCCAUAGCAAUGCACAAAUUGACCCAAACAGUGACCCUCGAGUCACAAUCAACACACAAUCCACUUACUCUGAGCUCACAAUAUCUCCUCUUGCACAAGAACAUGCUGGACAAUAUCAAUGCAUUGUCUCUAAUAUGCUUAAGCCUCAAUUACAAUUACAAUUGUAA